GCGUCAUUUAGGACCCCACACAACAACAUGGCGGCGCCUGCUUCGAAGUCGGUCUUGUUCGUCUGUUUGGGGAACAUCUGCAGAUCCCCAAUCGCUGAAGCAGUCUUCAGGAAGAUGGCGACAGAUGCCGGCGUUGCUGACAAGUGGAGGAUAGACAGUGCUGCCACCUCCAACUAUGAGAUAGGAAGCUCUCCAGACCACCGCGGUCAAGCCUGCAUGAAGAAGCAUGACGUGCCCAUGAGUCAUGUGGCCAGGCAGGUGACCAACCAAGAUUUCACGAGCUUCGAGUACAUUCUGUGCAUGGAUGAGAGCAACCUGAGUGAGCUGAACAGGAGAGCGAACUUAGUGAAAACGUACAGCGCAAAGAUUGAGCUUCUUGGUUCAUAUGACCCUCAGAAGCAGCUGAUCAUCAAAGACCCGUAUUAUGGAAGCGGCGAAGAUUUCGAAAAGGUGUAUGAGCAGUGUGUACGAUGCUGCAAAGCCUUUCUGGAGAAGAAUUCCUAACAACAUCCAACCUUGAAACAGCUCUCCAAAGUCUCGGCUGUGUCACAUAAGCACUUAUCAGUAUAACCCUCCUGUGGCUGUCACUCAGAGACCUCCACAAUACUUUAGUUUCACUGCUGCAAAUAUUACACAAAACACACGUUGUAUGCAUUUAGAAGAGUGCUGCAUGGACAGGUCUGCAGACUGUACAUUCAGGUGAUUAAUAAAAUAAUUAACGCUACAA